AUGGAGCAUCUCAACGACUUCGAUUUGGCUGAUGAUAUUGCUCUACUAGCACAAUGGCGCUCUGAUAUGCAGAGUAAGUUGAACGACCUGGCCGAACGCUCCUCAACGGAGGGUCUCACCAUCAACAUCAACAAGACCAAAUCGUUGGAUGUAAAUACAAACAAACCCUCCAACUUUACGGUAGCCGGGCAAGCAGUGAAGAAGGUCGAAAACAUUCAAUAUCUUGGCAGCCAGUUAGCGUCGAACGGUGGAAUAAAGAUCGACAUAGGAGCAAGAAGGCUAGGACUGCUUUUGCGAGUUUACGAAAUGUAUGGAGAUCAAAUCAGAUUAGUCAACGCACCAUAUUUCGAAUAUUCAACUCAAUCGUAA